AAGCCCGAACAUUCUCCCCUGUCACUUUUCAGUUUGUUGUAAAUUGUAGUAAUUCGAAACCUCAGCAUGGACGCGACUGUGCAGUUAACCUUAGCGACAAUGAAGCGUCCUAUGCUUUCUCUCGCGAUACUUCUCUUCUCCACGUCAAUUUACUACUCUAAUGCAGAAGGAGAUUUCGAUGUUCGCAAGCAUCUCUCAACUGUGUCCAGAUAUGGAGUUGUGAAAGACAUAGCGGACAAUUCCUUUGUUCCUUCUGAUAUUCCAGAAGGAUGUGUUCCAAUCCACUUAAAUCUUGUGGCAAGACAUGGAACUCGAUCUCCUACAAAGAAAAGGAUAAGAGAAUUAGAUGGUUUGGAAGCUCAUCUGAAAUUACUGAUAAGCGAUGCAGAAAAACAAAACGUACUGUUGGACAGAAUUCCUUCGUGGUUACGGGGAUGGGAAUCUCCUUGGAAAGGGCGGCUCAAGGGUGGUGAAUUAAUAAUUAAAGGAGAAGAGGAAUUAUAUGACCUGGGAAUCAGGACUAGAGAAAAAUUUCCAGAUUUGUUUGAUGAGGAUUACCAUCCAGACGUAUAUCCUAUAAAGGCUACUCAGGUUCCUCGAACAUCGGCCAGUGCUGUGGCAUUUGGAAUGGGGCUUUUCAGUGGCAAUGGAACCCUUGGAUUGGGGAAUCACCGAGCUUUUGCUGUUACUAGUGAAAGCCGUGCCAGUGACAUACUUCUGAGAUUCUUUGAUUCUUGUGCUAACUAUAAGAAUUUCAGGGAAAGCCAGGAGCCUGCUGUUAAUAAACUCAAGGAGCCUAUCUUGGAUGAGAUUACUUCUGCAUUAGUUGGGCGCUAUGGGCUGAGUUUUACAAGGCAGGAUAUAUCUUCUCUUUGGUUUCUGUGUAAACAGGAAGCAUCCUUAUUGGAUAUAACAAAUCAAGCAUGUAGACUUUUCAGCCCUUUUGAGAUUACUUUGUUAGAGUGGACGGAUGACUUGGAGCUGUAUAUAUUGAAGGGUUAUGGCAAAUCCCUAAACUAUAGAAUGGGAAUGCCAUUACUUGAAGAUGUUGUUGAAUCCAUGGACCGAGCUAUUCAGGCUAAAGAAGAAAAACGGACUCCUGGAAGCUAUGAAAAGGCAAGACUUCGGUUUGCUCAUGCUGAAACUGUAGUUCCCUUCUCAUGCUUGCUUGGUCUUUUCCUUGAAGGAUCUGAAUUUGAACAGAUUCAGAAGGAGCAACCUUUGCAGCUCCCCCACAAGCCUCCACAGAAAAGAAAAUGGCGGGGAAGCACUGUGGCGCCUUUUGCUGGUAACAACAUGUUAAUCCUCUAUAGCUGUUCAGCAACAGACAAAUCCACCAGCGGUUACUUUGUUCGAGUGCUGCACAAUGAACAUCCCAUUCCAAUGCCGGCUUGUCACGGUUCUGAUUUCUGUCCAUUUGAAAUAUUCAAGGAAAAAGUAGUCACGCCUCAUAAGAAGCAUGCGUAUGAUACAAUCUGUAGUGGGAAUGUUGAGCACACGGGAGACGAGUUUUCUCAAAUGUCUCUCUCGCAGGGAAAAGGUGAUGAUACCCGCAAAGAUGAACUCUAGACUGUUUACUGGGAAAAAGAGAACCAUAAUUUUCUUUUUAUCUCUUUUCCUUGGUGCCAUUUUACAAAUUUUCAGCGUGGGAUAUGGCCUCUUGAAUAAAGAUUCUGCUGCCUGCAGAUUAACCUCUUUGUUAUAAUGAGAUUGCUGCUUGAUUUCACCUAAUAUGUGGAGAAUUCAGAGCUGCAAACACGUUGUGCUUUAGUUUAGUUUGUUCCAGGAUUUUGCUGAUUCCACCAUAAAGGUGCUAGCUAAAUGUUUUAUUUUCAUCUGUUCCUUAAGCUUCAAUUUUGUUAUUAUAGAAUAGAGAGAUACUUGAUCAGCCAACUUCGUUUCGUGACUUGCAUUGUAAUAGUCCUAUUUAUGUUUUGCCCUGGUUUCUGUAGAAAAAUUUUAUAUGGGGUGUCAGAAAACAUGCUUAGAAAUGCAUGAUGAUUACCUAGGAAUCCUAGGGAGUUGAUUUGAGCAUGCCAGUGCUUUUUAUACACACGCUAUUCAAAA